CGCAGGCCCCGGAUAUUUGUGUCAGCGCUGCCGCCACCGUCCCAGCCGAUGGGUCGGGACACACGUUCCCGCUCGCGGUCGGCUGGUCGUAGGGACCAAAGGCAGCGGAGUCGGAGCCGAAGUCGGAGCGGGAGCCAUGGGCGAAACCGGCGGCACCGGGACGACGAGGGGCGGCACAGGCGGAGGCGGCGGAGCAGGCGGAGGCGGCGGAGCCGUGAGCGCAGGUCGGAUUCAGAGGAGGACCAGUGGCAGCAGCGAGGGAGACAGAGCCGGAGCCCCAGGCCCCCUCGAUGGCGCUCACAGGACUGGUCCUCUCAGUCUGAUUCAGGCAGCGAGCGGCGGCGGCCGCGGGGCCACUGGGCCCGCAGGCGGUGGGCGCGCUCUUGGUCCCCGGGCUCCUCUGUGUCCAGCUCAGCAUCACCAGACCUGUCCCAGAGCUCACGGGAGGCGGCCGAGGCCCUGAGCCAGCAGCAGAGCCUGCAGGAACGGCUGCGGCUGCGUGAGGAGCGGAAGCAGCAGGAGGAGCUGAUGAAGGCCUUCGAGACGCCCGAGGAGAAGCGGGCCCGGCGCCUGGCCAAGAAGGAGGCCAAGGAGAGGAAGAAACGGGAGAAGAUGGGCUGGGGCGAGGAGUACAUGGGCUACACCAACACCGACAACCCCUUCGGCGACAACAACCUCCUGGGCACCUUCAUCUGGAACAAGGCCCUGGAGAAGAAGGGGAUCAGCCACCUGGAGGAGAAGGAGCUGAAGGAGCGGAACAAAAGGAUCCAGGAGGACAACCGGCUGGAGCUACAGAAGGUGAAGCAGCUACGGCUGGAGCGAGAGCGGGAGAAGGCUAUGCGGGAACAAGAGCUGGAGAUGCUGCAGCGGGAGAAGGAGGCAGAGCACUUCAAGACCUGGGAAGAACAGGAGGAUAACUUCCACCUCCAGCAGGCCAAGCUACGCUCCAAGAUCCGUAUCCGGGACGGGCGGGCCAAGCCUAUUGACCUGUUGGCCAAGUACAUCAGCGCGGAGGACGACGACCUGGCCGUGGAGAUGCAUGAGCCUUACACCUUCCUUAACGGUCUCACAGUCGCCGACAUGGAAGACCUGCUGGAGGACAUCCAAGUAUACAUGGAACUGGAGCAGGGAAAGAACGUGGACUUCUGGCGGGACAUGACCAUCAUCACAGAGGACGAGAUCUCCAAGCUCCGCAAGCUGGAGGCCUCGGGCAAGGGCCCAGGAGAGAGGCGAGAGGGCGUCAAUGCCUCAGUGAGCUCCGAUGUGCAGUCAGUCUUCAAGGGGAAGACGUACAGCCAGCUGCAGGUCAUCUUCCAGGGCAUCGAGGGCAAGAUCCGAGCCGGGGGCCCCAAUCUGGACAUGGGCUAUUGGGAGAGCCUGCUGCAGCAGCUGCGCGCCCACAUGGCGCGCGCCAGGCUCCGUGAGCGGCACCAGGACGUGCUGCGGCAGAAGCUCUACAAGCUGAAGCAGGAGCAGGGCGUCGAAAGUGAGCCUCUGUUCCCCAUUCUCAAACAGGAGCCCCAGUCCCCUGGUCACAGCCUGGAGCCUGAAAACCCGGCCUCGACCCCCCCUGGGCCCUCCUCAGAGGGCGGCUCCGCAGAGCCUGAGGCGGAGGGGGCUGCGCAGGUGGAGGGGGAGCCGGAGGGGGAGGCCGUGCUUAUGGAGGAGGACCUGAUCCAGCAGAGCCUGGACGACUAUGACGCCGGCAAGUACAGCCCCCGGCUGCUCACGGCCCACGAGCUGCCGCUGGACGCCCACGUGCUGGAGCCUGACGAGGACCUGCAGCGCCUGCAGCUAUCUCGGCAGCAGCUCCAGGUCACAGGUGACGCGAGUGAGAGCGCAGAGGACAUCUUCUUCCGGCGGGCCAAGGAGGGCAUGGGUCAGGACGAGGCGCAGUUCAGCGUGGAGAUGCCGCUGACUGGCAAGGCCUACCUGUGGGCCGACAAGUAUCGGCCACGCAAACCACGCUUCUUCAACCGCGUGCACACGGGCUUCGAGUGGAACAAGUACAACCAGACGCACUACGACUUCGACAACCCGCCGCCCAAGAUCGUGCAGGGCUACAAGUUCAACAUCUUCUACCCUGACCUCAUCGACAAGCGCUCCACGCCCGAGUACUUCCUGGAGGCCUGUCCCGACAACAAGGACUUCGCCACCCUGCGUUUCCACGCCGGGCCGCCCUACGAGGACAUCGCCUUCAAGAUCGUCAACCGCGAGUGGGAGUACUCGCACCGCCAUGGCUUCCGCUGCCAGUUUGCCAACGGCAUAUUCCAGCUCUGGUUCCACUUCAAGCGCUACCGCUACCGGCGGUGACGGCCUCACGUUUCUCCAGGACCACAACACGGCGGUGGCGAAGCUGGCAGCCACCCCCAGCCGGUUCACAGCCCACCUCAGGCUGGUCCUUCCCCUUGCCUCCCUCACUUUGCCUGCGUGAACAGCAGGUCACAGGAACUGCCUUGGAAAAUGGUGGGGAUGAGCAGGCCAGGCCGGCCCAGGAUUCUGACACGCAGGAGGGGCCCCUGGUGGGUUCUCAGAGCCCAGGGAACGCAGCUAGUAUCGACCAACCUCACUGUCCACAUGGGCAGACGGGCCCAAGCCCGGCAGUGCGUGCCCUGAGCUGGGGGCUGUGUGGAGCCAGGACCUGGGGUGCCAGGCUUUUGAGGGGCAGGAAACCCAAGUCCAGAUCGUUGGAAGGCCCUUGGCCACAGCCAGCAGCCGCAGGGCCCUGUCCCAGCUGCCUCCCGCGGAGCCCGUAGCAGUGGGUCCCGGAGCCUUGCUGUGCGUGUUCCAGAAGAGAACAUCUGAGGGACAGCCACGUUCUGCAGCCCCCCCACCUCGACCCCGAUGCUGGCAGUGGGGUCAGUUUCCCCCCAGGUAGGCGUGAAGGAUGCGUUAUUGUCCACCACCAGGUCCAGGAACCACGGGUCCCUGAGACGUCCUUCCUCAGCCACUGAUCACAGGCGCUCCCAGGAGCCCAGCCUCCGUGGGUGCAGCUGCAGUGCCCCCGUCUGGCCUGGGUGUUCCUCUCACCUUGGGACAGGAGUGACACAGGCCACGUCCCCGCCACCGCAAAGCUGCCCGCCCUCCUUGUUCCUGUGAAUCGGACAGGGACAGUCACAGUCACUGUCAACAGUGCGCCCGGCAGACGACCCCAGAAACAUUUCUUGUAGCGAUUUAUUACAGAGACAUUUGCAGCCUGAAGUAGGAAGAACCUACACCAGACCUUGAAGUGCCGCCACCCAGUUCCUCGGACAGUCCUGCCCAACACCAACUUCAUGUGGAAAUAUUUCAGGUGGUUUCUCUAAAAAGACGUUUUUAGGUGGGGGGGGGAAUCCUGCUUAUUUUCAUUUAAUUUGUCUG